AUGAAGCUUGUCGUCAGCCUCGUCGUCAUCACAAGCAUCACCACAUCCCAGAGCCACGACAUCGACGCCUGCGUACGGCUUUGCAUCGAGGAGACGCUCCAUCAUCGGUGCAAUGGGAGUUCUGAGAACGCUGACUCUUGCCCUUGUGGGGGUGAUCUCCCGUUUUCGCAUCUCGACGAUAUCAACGAGUGUAUCUCUAAGCUACGGUGCAAACGAGGCGACAGCUGGCGAUAUGUGCAGGGAUCGAGGCCGUUUUCGUCCAAGGGGCCAAGAGCUUGGUUCCAGUCCCGGCACAACAAAGGCCUUGCAGGUCUCGAGUCGACCAACAACAUAUACGACGCUGAACAGCUCGAGACCCCAUCCACGGAGCGGAAAAGUUCCAGUCUGUCAAUCACUUUCAUAGUAAUCAUCGUUGUUGCGGUUGUGGUGUUUUUCUGCAUCCUCGCAGGGGUAUUAUACUGGUACUUGCGACGCCGGAGAAAGCGAGCAACCCCAACGGAAAUGAAGGCUUUGGCGACAGGGGAUAAAGAUUUGAGUUCAAUUGUACCCGGCCAUGCAGAGUUAUCAGGUUCGCAAGAAUUAGUCCACGAACUGGACUCAAUCGCACCGUCGAAGCCCAAGUCUGUUGACAUCACUGGACACAUUCCCGAGAUAGACUCAAAACCACUGCCAAAGACACCGGGAGUGCCGGUGCCGCAGUUAAAGAGGCUAAUGAGGUCGAAGAGUCACAUUGCAUUCUGUCUAACGCCGGAAGUGCCGCGGGAAAAGCCACACUCAAUCAUGUCUGAUAAGGAGACGCAAGACGUUGUCACCGGUGUUGACUUGGAUGACCAGAAAAGGAGAAAUACUCUAGAGCUGGAUGCGCUUCGUAAACGAAGGACGGAAUUGGAAAAGGAACGAUGGUUUUUGGAGCGGUUGAAGGAGAUUGAGGUGGAAGAUAAGAGGCUACGGCAGAGGAUUAGUGAGAUUGAGGAACAAGCUUCUUCGUGA